AUGAAAUUUUGGUUUUUCCAACAAACCAUAUUCUAUAUUGCCAUCACCCUCGUGAGAAAGAUAGCUUGUUCCUACAAAAAUGAAAACAUAGAAGAGUUGAAAAAAAUCAUAAACAAUGCGGAACUGUACACUAACCUGGAGAAGCUGGAGAAUAUGAUUCUGCAGACGCUGGAACAAGAUACGUUGAAGUUACCCAUCCUGAGGCAUGAUGUUCGGAGGUACCUUGAUUUGGACAAAUUUAAAGUUAUCCCAUAUAAGACAGCAAAUCAACAUGAUCGUGAAUACGUUAUCCCGACUGCCCAGUCGGAAGCGGAAGACAUCAUAAAAUAUGAACAUGCGUUAAAAACACAAGUUACCCUCGAAUACAAACACGAAAUCUCAGAUCUGAUUAAGAAGAAAAUUCUAAUUGUAAGGACGCUAAAAAUUAUUAAAAUUAUGCAAAUUCCUAUGAAAGAAUAUAAAAACAGCUCUAAACUUAGCGAGGCUUUGCUCCAGUUGAAUAAUAUAUUCACCAACCAAAAUGACCCAAAGAAUGAUGACGAAGUUGGUACCCGUAUGAUGAAGAAACGAAUUUUUGGAAAAACAGGAUUCUCAGGAAAGGGCAUCCGAAAGAGGAUAGCUCUCUACAUGCCGAUAGACUUCCAGAUGGACAUUAUCAACUACAACGAUUUGCUCUUCACCUACCAUCCCAAUAUUGAUCUGAUGAAGAAGCUGGAUCGCAAGGCCAACUACUUCGACAUCGGUAUAUUCAAUUAUGUGGGAUCGCAUUUCAUAGCCCUUGGACACUUCAUCGUUCUCAAACUGGCCCACAAACACUACAACAAAUUCUUCGAAAUUGGGAACCUCAAGUUCCACAACUGGCAUAGCAUCCUCGGGUUCAACCACUCGGACAGAUACAAAGUGCUGGAUCUCCUCUGUGACGAAAGUAACUCUUACGAAGGAGAUAAAAAGAGAAGAGAACUCUACUUAAAAAACAAUAUAUCUUCCACUACAGAAGAAUGCACCGUGUUGGAGUUCCUUAUCCAUCACCUCAAUAAAUACCAAAUGGAGCUAUUCACAAAUGCUUCCAAGCUGAAUUUAAACCUACAAAUGUUAAUGGAAAAUGCUCAUAUGAAAGAUAAAUAUUUUAGCUUCAUGUGCAAAGAGGGUACCGGUAAGCCGUGUUCCAUUUAUGAUGGCCCUAAGUUUAAAGAAGGGGAUCAACAGGAAAUGCCAUUCGUAGACACAGAUAACUAUACCUUCCAAGCGAACACACUGCUCUCCCCGGUAAAGGACAAUCCUUAUGACAUUUAUACAAACUAUCUCAACUUUAUAAAGUACUAUAACGAGUUUAAUAGGGACCAUAUUCUGUACAUCCACCUGCUUAACAUGAUCGGCCUUUAUAAUGGAGAUAUGGGUGCCUAUGUCAGCUCUCUCUACCUACCAGGGUAUUACAACGCGAUACAACUGGCUUACGAAGACAACCAAACAAUGAAGGAGCUCUCUGAUAACCUCGUAAAAUGUGUCGAGAUGUGCUACAGUAGAACCAUGCAGAACAAAUCCAUUGCCUUCAAAAUCAGCUCCCUAUUUAAAAACAAAAAGUUCGAUUCUUCCAAGUGCAACUUAUGUGAAGGAACCCUCUUCUACAUUAACAACCAAGUGCAGGACAGCAUGUCCAUGUUGCAAAAGUACAACGGAUACAUGACCAAGGUGCUCAAGGUGAACGUUAUAAGCCACCUCAUUAGGUUUAUGAAUGUAUAUGAAGAGUACAACAGUUUCCUAAUGCACGAUCUGAACUGGUUUACGUUCCUGCUCCUGUUUAGGAUGACUACAUAUAAAGACAUCGGGCAGUACAGCAUAUCCAACGCCAUGUAUCUGGACAUACAAGAUGAAGACACGAGGAAAAAAACCAUGGUGACGUACCACUGGUAUCCCUCCUACUUGAAGAAGUACAUCACGAACCGCACGAGGAAGAACGAGGCAGUGCACCUGCUGAAAGAACUCGAAAAGAUGAUAGACAACGACAUCAUAGAGAAGAUGAAGAAGUGCGUCCAGUUCGUAAUUCACGUGAACUCCAUUCUCCAGAUGGACUUCUUCUACUACCUGAACGAAACGCCCCUAGGCAUGCAACAUCCAUUUGGAUUAACCAUGGAAAUCGAAGGGAAAUUUACCGAGUGGUUUUCCAACUACAUGUACAGUUUCCCCUUAAUAAAUUACGAAGACCCCAAAGGAAGGUACAACAUGCCAAAACAACAAAAAAAGGGACAGUUCGUUGCGCCCAAAUAUAGUAAAUGGACUUUACACUUAAGGAAAGUAAUAGAACAAUCCUUUAUUAACCAGUUUAACCAAAAACACGUGAAGAACCUGUUCAAGCAUUUUGGCACAUACAACAUAAGUAACAAAAUUAUGCUACUCAGAGAUUCAUAUGAACUGUAUAUAAAAAAUUUUGAAAACAUUUACUUCCUUGGAGAUAUUAUGCUUUUGAGAAAAUUUUUCGGUGCUACUCCUAGGUCGAUUAUUUUCAGGCAGAAGAUGCACUACUUCCUUCACAACAUCUUUGGGAACCCCCUGAACUUUUACAAGUUCGGUCUAAUCUAUGGGUACACCUUCAACAAGGAUUACAUGAGAGACGUUGUGGAAGCCUUGCACGUGAUUUAUCAGAUGAACCAAGCCAUUUUUACUGAGAUGUCCUUCCUCCAGACUGUGCGCUUGCUCUUCAGGAAGAUUCAAUACAGCUUCUACUCGCACAGGCGGAACGACGACAUAAGCAUGAACAACAUCUUCUUCUUCAGCGUGCGCCCAGACUACUCCAAGCUGUCAAAGGAAGUCAGAGAGGAAGAAAUCCACCUAUCCAUGGCCUCCCGAUUUUACGAAAAAACCAUGUACACGCUAUUCCAAAUGAUGUUCGUUACACGCAUAAGCAAACACAUAAACAAGCUAGACAGAAAGUUUGGAAAUGCAAGCAUGCUAGGCCUGGCAGUGGAAGAGGAACCGGCACUCAAGUUUAAAUAUGUCUACUAUGGUAGUAUGUUCGAUAGUAUGCUAAAUGUCUUCUUCCCCAUGUUUAUAAAAAAGCCUGUCGUUCAGCUCAAGUACGGAAAAACCUUUGUCCUCGCCAACAUGUAUAAACUUGCAUCCGAACUGUUUGCCAUUUACAAUUUGAACAACUUGAGUACACUCUGCGAUUAUCAAUCCAUGACUAGUGCCAAUACCUACGUCUUCCAUAAGGCGAUGAAGUUCCUCGACAAAAAGUUUAUUCCCAUCGUCGUGGCGGCCUUCUUUAUGAAGAUCGACAUAGAGGCAAAGGAAGCGGCAACAGGAGACGGCUUCUGGAAGACGUACUACACUUCCCGCUUCGAGGGAGCAGGCAAGACGUCGCAACAUUUCGCUUACCUGUCCUUAUACACCGGUGGAAACAUAUUCAUGCGGAACCAUUUGUUCUUCCCGAACCCGCUGGGCCAAGAGCUGUCGAAGCAAACGGAAGGCCUCGUAAAUGGUCAACCAAGAGAAAAGCCAGAGACGCAUCGAAUCAGUGGACUUGUUUUAAUGGGAAUGGUCCACUCAUUGUCAAUUACCUUCUUCAUUUUUACUCUUCUGAGGUGGUAUGCCUUUUACGACAACGUCAUCUUCCUAAUACGAAGCACUUUCCGUGUUUUCGAUAGAUUCUACUCCAUCCUGGAAAAUUACGUGAACGUAUUCGUAAAAAGAAUGUACAACCGAAUUACAGCGGAUGUUCUGCUCAAGUCACUCAGACGGGCCUAUGACAGAGCCAAGAAUGAGGGCUACUAUGAGGAGAGUAUGAUGGCCCGACUUUACGACAAACAAUUUUCACUAAAGGAAGAAAGUCAUGAAUGUUCCGAACCACCUCCCGUCUUAACAGAAGUUGACAUAGAGUCUGUUCAGGAAAAUAGCGAUCUCUUCUACGUAGACAACGAGUCCAUGUUUGAAGACCUCGAUGACGAUGAGCAGUUCUUAAACCAGAGAGAUAUUAUUUUUUAUGAGGAUAAUGUUGACAAGAGGGGUGCUUACAAUUUGGUCCCACAAAGGGGUACGAAUUAG